CAGCCAUCCAGGGGAAAAUCGGUAAGGGGAGAAAAAAAUAUGAAGAAAAAGAGUGGCUCUCCUUUUAUAGUUGGAGCCCACUGAUGGCGCGCUCUCGUCAGAAUGAGAUUUCACGAUGAACGUUCUCGCGUGGCACCCCGCCUUCUGCCAGAGCGGCGGCGCCGGCAACGCUUCUUAUCUUCGCUGGCAAUCUCAACGCCGCCUCCAACUCAGAACAACUACCUCUCGCCAUCUUCGACCUCCGCCAUUGCAAGUUCUCGAUGAAUCGAAAGAUAUUGAGAAAGAAUCUGUUGCUAUAAAUGAAAGAUCAGAAUCAGAUAAGAUGGUCGAUGCAAUGGACUUUGGUGAUUUGUGUAAUGAUUUUGAAUGCAUCAGCAGCCCUUCUGUGGAAGCUACAGCAAGGCAACUUGCGCGUGAUAUUUUAGAGCUGCGAGAAGGAAACCGUUCCUUAGGCUCUUACUCUAUUUCGGUAAAGUACAAGGAUCCCAUUAGGACCUUCAUGGGACGUAAGAAGUAUGAUAGACCCUUAUGGGCAACCGAGGCAUUAGAAAAUCCCUCAGUGACAGUACAGGCGAUGCAAAUGUUGUCAACAAGUGAACUGAGCAUUAAGUGGCAAUUAAAAGGAAGACCGAAGAAUCCUGUAUUUGCAACUUUUGGUGGCGAUUUGAUACUCCAAGUGAAUUCAAGAUUCACCUUGAACCAAAUAAGUGGUCAAGUCAUCGAGCAUGAUGAGUUUUGGGAUUUGUCUGCUUCAUCUGUUGUUGGUCAGACUUACUUUUGGAUUUCGAGGAGGCUUUUCUCUGCCAUUGAAGCAGGAAAAGAUACAAUUGAUGCGGUGAAGAGCAUGGCGAGUGGCAGCUCAUCUGAAAAGGAAAACAAGGAGAUUUUUCCUGACUUGUCCGGAGACCCAACAAAGUUUUUUCAAAGGGACGAUGGAUUACAAAGAGAUGCUUAUCAGAUUGCUUUGUUAUUAGCUAUCAUCUAUUUUGUUGUGCAGUUUCUGAGGGCAACUCUUUGACAGAAUAACAGAGAUUAUUUUUAAUUUUUGGCUUUGCACUAAACUUUGCUUUACUCAAUGUAAAAAUCACUUUGUGUUGCAAUCAAAUAGUUGUGGUUGAUUUUGUGUGGUAUUAA